AAAAAAAUCAUUACAAACUUAUCAUUAUGCACAAACGACAAAGAUUAGAGUCUUCUAAAGAAAAUAUACCUUUUGAAAAUAUGAUUAAGUCUUCAGAAAUUAAAAAAAACGAUGAUAGUAUAGGCGAAUUUGAAGAUCCUUGGGAAGAUGAAAUAGAAAGUGAAGAAUAUAUAGAAGAUAUUAAUGAAGAUCCAAUGAAUGAGGAAGUAAAAGUAUAUCUUCCAUCCUCUCGUUCAUUAAAAGAGGACGAAGUUCUUGAGCCGGAUCAGUCAGCAUAUGAAAUGCUUCAUUCUAUCAAUGUUCAAUGGCCAUAUUUAAGCUUUGAUAUUUUGAAGGACAAUUUAGGUCUAAGAACUAAUUAUCCUGUAACAGUAUAUCUUGUGUCAGGCACCCAAGCAGAUAUUAAAAAAGACAAUAAUAUUACUGUUAUAAAGUUGUCGCAUUUGUGUAGAACUCAAUAUGAUGAUGACUCAAUUGAUUCAAAUGAUUCUGAUAUAGAUGAAGAUCCUAUUCUUGAAUAUAGGUCAUUGCCUACCUUUGGAACUACAAAUCGCAUUCGAGCAUUUUAUAAGGAAGGCGAAAGUUAUUUUGUUGCAUCAUUUAGUGAAACAGGAAAAGUACAUAUAUGGGAUGUCGCUCCUCAUUUAUUAUCAAUUAAUAAUCCAGGUGUAUCUGUUGCUAAAAAAUAUAAUUCACCUAUCUACACUGUUUUAAAUCAUAAAGUAGAAGGAUAUGCAAUUGAUUGGAAUACAUUAUCAUCGCAUAAUUUUCUUAUUUCAGGCGACAAUAAUGGUUUUAUUUAUUUAACAUCUCUUUCAGAAGCCUCAUGGUUUACAGAAAAAACACCAUUUUUAGGACAUAUAUCAUCAGUAGAAGAUCUUGUGUGGUCUCCUUCUGAGAGAAAUGUAUUUGCCAGUGCAAGUACUGACGGAACUGUAAAAAUAUGGGAUAUACGAAAUAAAAGACACAAACCUGCAUUGAGUGCUGAUCUUCAUCCUGGUGUAGAUAUAAAUGUUAUUAGCUGGAACAAAAAUGUAUUAUAUUUAAUGGCAACAGGAGCAGAUGAUGGAAAGUUUAAUAUAUGGGAUUUACGUACAUUCCAAAGUUCAUCUAUUCCAUCAUUUAUCGCAUCAUUUUCUUGGCAUACAGCUCCCAUAACAUCUAUAGAGUGGCAUCCAUCCGAAAAAUCAGUAAUUUCAGUAUCAGAUAAGAAUCAUGUUUCAUUAUGGGAUUUAUCUGUUGAGGUGGAUAACGAAAGUCAAGUUUCAAAAAAAACAGACGAUCUUGACCAUAUACCUAAUCAACUUAUGUUUAUACAUAUGGGGGGAAAAGACAUCAAAGAAGCACAUUGGCAUCAUCAAAUUCCGGGAUGUGUUGUAAGUACAAGUUCUACAGGAAUACAAGUCUUCAAAACUAUAAGUAUAUAA